AUGAAACUUGGUUUAACACUUUUCGGGCUAGGUGCCGCCCAGUGGGAGGCUGCCUAUGCUCCAGGUCACAGCGGUAUGGUCCACCUCUUCGAGUGGGGUUGGGACUCCAUCGCAGAGGAGUGCGAGAAAUUCUUGGGACCAAAGAAGUGGGGUGCCGUUCAAGUUUCCCCACCUACUGAAAACAGAAUCGUCGGAGGUCAAUGGUGGGAAAAAUAUCAGCCAAUUUCUUACAAAAUCGGAAACCGAUCCGGAGAUCAUGAUAGAUUUGCUAACAUGGUCCGACGAUGUAACGCUGUUGGUGUCCGAACCAUCGUCGAUGUCGUCCCCAACCACAUGUGUGGCGGUGGCGGAUCAGGCACUGGAACUGCUGGCACCUACUUCGACGCUAACUCCCUCGACUUCCCCGGUGUUCCAUACUCUCGAAAUGAUUUUAACGAUAAUAACUGUUACACAAGCAGUGGAAACAUUGAAAACUACGGUGAUGCCAACCAGGUCCGAAACUGCCGAUUGGUCAACCUCAUCGAUCUCAACCAAGGCACUGAGUAUGUCAGAGAAAAGAUUGUUGACUAUCUCAACCAGUUCAUCGAUAUGGGCGCUAUUGGUUUCCGAGUUGACGCUUGCAAACACAUGUGGCCAGGAGAUUUGGAAGUCAUCUUCGGCCGAUUGAAGAACUUGAGCGUCAGAGAGGGCUUCAAAGGAUCAGAACGACCUUUCAUCUUCCAAGAGGUCAUCGACCAGGGAGGCGAGCCAAUCACUGCCAACGAGUACACAGGCUUCGGUCGAGUCACUGAAUUCAAGUACUGCAUGGGCGUCGGUUCCAACACUCACAGUCUCAAGCACCUUGCCAACAUCGGUCCCGACUGGGGCUACCUCGGCCCCAUGUCCGCCGUCGUGUUCAUCAACAACCACGACAACCAGCGAGGCCAUGGUGGCGGAGGACACGUUGUUACCUUCGAGGAGUCCUGGGCUCUCAAGACCCUCACUACCUUCAUGAUGGGCCACGACUACGGUGAGCCACGAGUCAUGUCUUCCUACUACUUCUCCGAUCCCGAUGAGGGACCACCUGGAUGGCAACCAAACGGUUACGAUGGCGGCUACGGCUGUGAAAACGGCUGGGUCUGCGAGCACAGAUGGCGAGCCAUCCAGAACCUUGGAAUGUUCCGAGGUUCCGUCCAUGGAACUGGAGUGACCAAGUGGACUGAAGGCUGGGAUAACCAGAUCGCCUUCUCCCGAGGCAACAAGGGUUUCAUGGCCAUCAACGGUGGCUCAAGCAAUUGGUCUGGCUCUAUUGCUACUUCAAUGCCAGAUGGCGAAUAUUGCGAUCUUGGACAGGGUGACCCAACUGAGGGUGGAUGCACUGGACCUACUAUCCGCGUCUCUGGUGGACAGGCUCAGAUCAAUGUUCCAACUGGAGACUCGCCAUUGUUCUUGAACCUUGCUAGACCUGCACCAACACUUCCAUCUACCACUACCGGUAGUCCUGGAGGCGAGUGCACCUCGUGCAAUUGCUCGAACAAGCGCGAUUGUGGCGAAAUGGGCACCCAACAAGGCGAGUGUGAAUCCAAGGGAUGCUUGUGGUGCCCAUCUUCAGUUUCUGGAGAGCCCUGGUGCAUUCACUCCAGCAGCGGAGAUGGCGGCGCUGGCGGAUCUAGCUGUAACGUAGCUGACAGCAGUAAACGAGAUUGUGGAUACAUGGGAAUCAACUCUUCUCAAUGCCAAGCCCUCGGAUGUUGCUGGUCUGAGUCAUACACUGGUGGAGUCCCAUGGUGCUACUACCCUGCUUAA